CGUGGGGAGUUCGUAUUGAGCCCGGAGAACCGUUAACGGAACUCACGUUGCGGCCCGCUCCCUCCCCCCCCGUCCUCCUCCUCCCCCGCGGUGAUACGAAUAAUAAAACGGCGCUGGUCGAGUCGAGGCGGUGCCGGAAUUCUUACGCCGAAUCUCGGGGUUACGCACGUUUGUAUGUUGAAUAUCCUCGGUUGUUUAUCGCUUCGGUUUUAACCGACGAAAAAAUUCACACUCUAAUCACGUCAAGACCUUUGAGUACGCGUUAAUUCGCGGGUGAUGUAUGCAUUGUCGUAUAGGAUUUACCGGGCCGAUUGAGUGACACUUGCGAUUGUUUUUUUUUUUUGUUUGUUUUUUGUUUUUAUUUUUAUACCACGUAGGUGUAAAGAAAUUGCCCAUCGUAGGGUACUUGAACCGUUUAAAUCUUAGGUAGACGUGGGUGCGGAAUUCUGUUCAAGCGUAUCGGUGGACGGAUUCUAUAACGACGAAGUGUAGUUUUGUUUCCGUGAUCAAUCCGUUGCGGUGCGAAAAGGUCGGUGGUUGUGAUACGAUACGGGUUCGGAGUGAAGUUUGCCUCGUCAUGAACGCGGCCACGUGAUGACGCGAGGUGCGGUUCCGAGGUUGAUUUUCUAAACUUGUAAGUAAUAUUAAAUCAAAGAUAAAAACAAAAGAUAAGAAAAAACAACGUAAAGAUACUGUGCGCGAUAAUAAUAACAGAGGAUUAUUCAUAUCGGGGAAUAUUAACACGAACGGAGAAACAAGGAAAGUGAAAAUACUUCUCGACUCGUGAAUUCCCCGCUAUCUGUUUACGCGUGUUCGUUACUUCGUUAUUCCGCGUAUCGAUAACGGAGCUGCGAGCGACGAGGUUUACGAAGAAGUAGGAACGAGGCAAGGAAAAAAAAUAAUAAAAAAAAAAAAAACACUAACGUAAAAUAAUAAUCGGACGGUUAUGGUGGGCGGUGGGGGGGAGGGGAACUUGACCUCUAUCGCAAAUGACCACUAUUUCAGUACGCCGACUAGAAGCGAACAGUUUAGUCGCGUGUUUCCCGGCAUCCCAGCAACGUUGCAGCAGCUAGUAGUCGUAGUCAUCAUAAUCAUCAUCAUCAGCAGCAGCAGCGAUGACAUCUCUUGAAUCAAUCAAGUGAUAUCAUCCCCUACUUCGUCUUCGUCGAACCUUUGGCAACGAUUUUCCGUACCGUACAGAGAUUUUUAAACACAAGCGCGCGUUUUCGUUGCGUUGCUUUUUUGUUUUUUUUACUCAUCUCCCCCAAUUCUAUCCGAUCCUUUCGCUUUUCAUUGGAGAAAAAAAAAACGAAGCUGUUUCGCGCAGCGUGGUGCGAAGUUUUACAAUAUAUAACAUUAUAAACACGUGUAAAGCGAUCGAGUGGUAACUAACCGGAUAGUCGAAGUGCGGGAAUAAUUGGACAAGUUCGGAACGGUUAGACGAAGGGUAACGGGAAUCCCCCCCCCCCCCACCCUUGUCGCGUUCUUUUUUUUCGCCAACAAAACCACGUGGUCGCUGGUCCACGGAAUUCGGGGAAAAACGCCCGGCGACCGACGAUUUAGUCACUCACUCCGCAGUUUUACUCCGACCUCGUCAUGAGUGCCGAAGCUCAAGUGCAGCGGAGGACUGCUUCAGUUUGUGCGAAGUGGACUUGGUCCGUUUUAGUUUUAGUGGUGGUUAUUGUUGUUUGUUGUGCACCUCGAACGGUCGACGCUUACACGAACCAAUGGGCUGCCCACAUCGAGGGAGGACCCGAGGUUGCCAAGCAGGUCGCCGCCGAUCAUGGAUUCCGAUAUUUGGACAAGAUACUGGGUGAUUGGUAUCACAUGGAGCACCGGUCUGUGUCGAAGCGAUCGACGGAGCCACACAAGAAGGUGCACAUCCGGCUCCUGAGGGACAAUAGGGUUCUCCGAGCCGAACAGCAGCGGUCAAAAUCGCGGACCAAACGUGACUACGUUGAAAGACACAGCUCGCCGACGAUGCAGACGACCUUCAACGACGAGAAGUGGCCUGCGAUGUGGUACCUAAAUCGAGGCAACGGGCUUGACAUGAACGUGCAGGAGGCCUGGGCCGAGGACAUCACGGGCACCGGUAUCGUCGUCACAAUUCUCGACGACGGUCUCGAGAAAGAUCAUCCUGACCUGUUGAGGAACUACGAUCCGGAGGCCAGCUACGACGUCAAUGGGCAAGACGACGAUCCCAUGCCGAGGUACGAUGCAAUGGACAGUAAUCGACACGGGACCCGAUGUGCAGGCGAGGUCGCAGCUGUCGCUAACAAUUCUAAUUGCGCGGUUGGCGUAGCGUACGAUGCUUCGGUCGGAGGAGUUCGAAUGCUCGACGGGGACGUUACGGACGCCGUUGAAGCCAGAUCGCUGGCCUUCAAUUCUCAACACAUCCACAUUUACAGCGCCUCUUGGGGUCCGGACGACGAUGGGAAAACCGUUGACGGUCCCGGUGAACUCGCUACGAGAGCAUUCAUCGAGGGUAUCACCAAGGGACGCGAGGGCAGAGGCUCGAUAUUCGUCUGGGCUUCGGGGAACGGAGGCCGCGAUCACGACAACUGUAACUGCGACGGGUACACGAACAGCAUAUGGACCUUGUCGAUCAGCAGCGCAACGGAGAACGGAUUGGUUCCCUGGUACAGCGAGGCCUGCUCCUCGACUCUGGCGACGACCUACAGCUCGGGAUCAAACGGGGAAAAGCAGGUGGUCACGACCGACAUUCAUCAUCAUUGCACCGGCAGCCACACCGGUACCUCGGCAUCCGCGCCCCUGGCAGCCGGCAUUUGCGCCUUGGCCUUGGAGGCGAACCUCCGGCUGACCUGGAGAGACAUGCAACACAUCGUCGUUAGGACGGCGAAACCGGCGAACCUUAAGGCGCCUGAUUGGGUCACUAAUGGCGUUGGGCGAAACGUCAGCCACAGUUUUGGCUAUGGUCUCAUGGAUGCCGGGGCGAUGGUCAAGCUCGCGAGAAGGUGGAGAACUGUGCCGGAGCAACACAAGUGCGAGGUUCCUGCGCCUAACAUCGGCCGAACGAUACCACCGAAGAGCCAAAUCACGCUGAUGCUGCACGUCAAGGAAUGCAGCGGCGUCAACUUCCUCGAGCAUGUCCAGGCCAAGGUAUCGCUUACGGCCGGCAGAAGAGGAGAUCUUCAGAUUCAGCUCACGUCACCGGCCGGCACCAAGAGCACGCUCCUGGCGAAGAGGCUGCACGACGCCUCGAAGGCCGGUUUCAAUCAGUGGCCCUUCAUGUCCGUCCACACCUGGGGAGAACGUCCUCACGGCUCGUGGAAGCUGGAGAUCCACAACGAGGGUCGUUACCUAGCGGAGCUUGGCGAGUGGAAGCUGGUGCUUUACGGCACGAACACGUCCGUCGAAGGAGACGAGCUAGCGAUCGGCGGCUCCAAGGGCAACGUCGACGUCGACCAGAUACAGAGCAACGUCGUCGACACCGAGGGCGAUCCUUUGGGCGGAAGUCAGCGGGUGGACCAGGCCACGCACACGGAAGUGGAGCAGACGACGAACGAAGAUCAGACCAGCGGAGCUUGCAAAACCACCGCCGGGAACCAGUGCCUAGGUGAUUCCACUAAUUGUAGUAAGGCUAAACAACAAGGAAAUGGGGCACCGCAACCAGAUGUGUAUGAGAUUUUGAAAUCAAUCUCGACCGAUUUAAAAUCCUUGAAAGAGACCCACAGAGAAGACCUGAUCAGCCUCAAGAAGUCGCUCGAACUGUAUCGGACAAUUGUACAGGAGAUCUCUCUUAAGUUAUAUUUUAUCGCUGCUUUUUCUGACCAACUGCACAAAGACAUGGAAGCAGUCGUACGUGCAUGCACUCUGGAAAAAGUCGAUUCGCUGACAUUGAAGAAUGAGAGACUACGUAAAGACAUGUGGCUUAAGCCAUUUGGGGCAUAAAAUUUCUGCACGAAUUCUUUCUGCAAAGGAUAAUAAACUAAUCGCACGUUGGCUUAUAAAUUCUUCAACGCAAUACCUGGAUUUUUUUUAAAGUUUUCCGAUCGAGGGCGACCCCCUUGCAGUCCUCACGAAGUCAUUCUGUCAUCGGAUUUCUCUUUGUCAAAUCAGUUUCUCAAAGUUUCUAACUCCGAGAAAUUUCAUUGUUUCAGAUCCAAGAUCACAUCGGUUUCUUCUCCACCUUCCCCUUCGACACUUGUUUUCGUUUAAAUUCAACUUGCGAAAUAGUACUUUUCGAUCGGCUGUUCUUAAAGCACAUCCUUUCGAUCCAGUUUCAUCACAAUAAAGUGCCACUUUACGAUCCACGUAUACGUAAGCUUAAAGCCUCAGCUUCGCGGCCGGAAAAAACGACCAAAUAGACGCAUACUUUACGUGUACUCGAUCAAAAAAUGUUGUUCGCACCUCGCGAGUAAGAUUUUACAGCCCAGCUACGAAAAUUCAAUCUCGUUUUAACUCUAGCCCGUUACAUGGCAUUGGCUACAACACCUGUUGUAUCUACUACGCUGCUAGGAAUUUAUUUACCACUCUUUGAUGCAUGGGGUAUUUUUAUAUUAAAUUCGAAAGACGCUCUUAUAUCCGCCUCAACUCUGAAGCUGCUAAUCCCUGGAAAUCUAAUCAUCGUCGCCCAAUCUUAAUCCUGUAUUCGGAGCCUGCGUUAUCUGGAAAUUUCAUCUUCUUGCAAUUACAUAUCUGAACAUUAACCCAUGGAGUAUCGUAUCAAUGUACAGGAAAUAAGAUUCCACUUGAGUCAGCACCUUCAAACAUCGGAUAUACUAACUCGUAUUCAUUCCUUUGCUUAUUUUCAUCAAACUCUUUGGUUUUGAGUCUAUGGAUCGAUGCAUGGCUUGGUACUUCUGCAGUGUUUCUUUACUUUAAAAGUUUAGGGUGUACCCUUACACACGUGGGAAACGUGUGGAUAAUUGUAUUUCUCCUUAGUCCUUGAGGAUCAAGAUCCCAGGACUUAGAACAACUUGCUCACUUUUUCUCUGUCUUUUUUCCCAGUUUUCUUUUCCUCUUUCCUUAAGAAUGCAAAAAUAUUAUGAGUUUAAAAUUUAAUGAAUGUAAGAAAAAGCUCCGUGCCACCGCAGUUAUUUGAAAAUACCUUCGUCCGAGAUCUGCGCGAGAAGCUUACUCGAAAUAUAAACUCGUUUCAAAUUCACGGAAUUCUUGCACCCUCGCGUUUGGUUCCUAAGCGAUGCACGCGUUUCCUCGUAAGAAAAAAUAAAGAAAGAAAAGUAUCUCCAACUCGUAACGCGAAGUUUCACGCAACGGAAUUUCCACUUAGAAUUAAUUAAUUAUCGAAGCAAACAAUUAGCCGACGACUGGAAUAAGAACAAAAAAACUCAAUCUGUACCCUCGCAUUUCUCGCCCUUCACAAGUCAAUUCCUUUAACAAGGGUGUUGAUUUUUCUUUUCCUUACUUUUUCACGGUUUUAAAAAAGUUGAUACAAAUGUGUAUCUGAAAAAAUAAAACAAAAACUGAGACCCGCGUACGUACAUAAUUCCGCAACAAGGAUAGAAUAUUGUCUUUCACAUUUCAAUGGGUUCCUAUAAUUAUAAUUCUUUACGCCGUCAUCUUGACUCUAUGAUAAAAGUACAUGUGGGGAUAAAAUACACGGGUUUCUCCAACCGCGUUGCUAAAAUGACUCGACUGUGUAAAAAAAAAAAAAAAAAAACGUGACACAAUACGAAAAUAAUAAAUAAUUCUCGAUUCUGUGUAUACAUAUAAAACUUAUCUAUACAGUAUCGUGCACAUACCCUAAACGUGUACCAUGUACAUAAAUCAUAACAAAUCGGAUUAAUUAUCCAUAGUGAAAUUAUAUACGAUAAACGGAAAACUGUAUAGUAUAUUAAAUGAAGAAGAAAAAUGAAAAAUAAAGAUAACAAUUUCGAAAUACUAGGAAAAAGAAAAGACCGACUGCGGUGCAUAUUAGGAACCCGUGUGCCAUGACGUGUUCACAAUCAGUGCCAAAAAAAAAAAAAAAAAAAAAUGAAAAGGCACUUGCGGUGCGAAACGGCGCUCCUCGUCGUACGUUGUCGUAAAUAUUAUACAUAAUUAAGUACACAUGAUAUUAUAUAGGUAUAAUAAUAAUAGGGAGGAUAUUGUAGAAAUCGGCGCGUACGAAGUCUUAAUAAUAAAUAGUAAUAACGGUGAAUAAAUAAUUUCUCACGAGGAAAAAGUGCAAUUAUACCUAAUUAAUAUAUAAUAUCUAUACUAUACGUACAUAUAUACAUAUGCAUAUAGCGUUGCCAAAUAAAUAGUCUAAGGAGAAAAUACCUCUAAUUGUGUGCGCGGAGAAUGAGUGAGGAAGCGAUGACUGUACACGGGAACCAGUUAGAUACUUAUACAUUUAUCAUUGGAAAAACAAGAGACAGAAAACAAAAAAAAAAAAAAAAUUAAAUAAAAAUCAACGCGCGCAUAUAUACAUAUAAAUAUACAUAA